UAAGAUGACAGCUUGGCUGUUUAUGGAGAAAAAUUUGUUUUUCGUCUGAACUCAAACUCUUUCUUAAUUAUCAUAAGGGGGGUUUAGUGUUAUUCAAGUAUCGAAGUUAAGUAAUUAGGAAUGUCUGAUUCCGAAGCUAGUAAUUAUUCUCAUAACGACCAAGCAUCUGACGCUGGUUCGGUUAGAUCCAGAAGUUCUAGAGGCAGUGACAGAUCGAGAGCGAGUAAAUCCUCAUCUAGAUCAAGAUCCAGGUCUCGUAGUAGGUCAGGAUCACGGUCUCCAAGUAGAAGUCGUUCGAGAAGUAGGAGCAGAUCAAGGCGCAGGUCACGCUCUGAGGAAGCAAAAGAAGUAUCCGAUCCGGAAGAUGUUCAAGAAGAAGAGGAACCAGAGGGGCAAAGUCUUCACGAUAGUGAAGAAUUUGAUUCUGAAGAAGAGGACAGUGAUGAAGGAGGAAGAUCUAAAAAAAGGAAAAAGAAAGACAGAUAUGGUGGAUUUAUUAUUGACGAAGCUGAGGUGGACGAUGAAGUGGAAGAUGAAGACGAAUGGGAAGAUGGAGCUCAAGAAAUCGGUAUAGUUUCCAACGAACUUGACGAGUUUGGACCCACAGCUAGAGAAAUAGAGGGCAGAAGGAGAGGCACAAAUCUAUGGGAUGCACAAAAAGAACACGAAAUUGAAGAAUAUUUACGCAAAAAAUAUGCAGACGAUGGGGCCGCAGCUAAACAUUUUGGCGAUGGAGGUGAAGAAAUGUCUGAUGAGAUCACUCAGCAGACUCUGUUGCCUGGCGUUAAGGAUCCAAACUUAUGGAUGGUUAAGUGUCGCAUCGGUGAAGAGAAAUCAACGUGUUUAUUGUUGAUGCGCAAAUUUCUCGCGUAUCAAAACACCAACAAGCCGUUGCAAAUUAAAUCAGUAAUAGCCCCCGAAGGGGUGAAAGGCUACAUUUAUAUUGAAGCGUACAAACAGCCUCAUGUAAAAUCAGCAAUUGAGAAUGUAGGUCAUUUAAGGAUGGGUAUUUGGAACCAGCAAAUGGUGCCGAUUAAGGAGAUGACAGAUGUGUUAAGGGUUGUCAAGGAACAGACAGGUUUGAAAUCGAAACAGUGGGUACGUCUUAAAAGGGGUCUAUAUAAAGAUGACAUUGCACAAGUUGAUUAUUUUGACAUGGCCCAAAAUCAAGUUCAUUUGAAAAUUUUGCCCAGAAUCGACUAUACGCGACUGAGAGGAGCGCUACGAACCAAUCAAUCGGAUGCGGAAUCCGACAAGCGAAAGAAAAAACGACGCCCAACGGCCAAGCCCUUUGAUCCAGAAGCUAUCAGAGCUAUAGGUGGAGAAGUAACGUCAGAUGGAGACUUUUUAAUAUUCGAAAGCAACAGAUAUUCCAGGAAGGGUUUUCUAUAUAAGAAUUUCACACUUAGUGCUGUUAUAAUUGAUGGAGUGAAACCGACUCUGGCGGAAUUGGAACGGUUCGAGGAACAGCCCGAGGGAAUUGAUUUGGAAUUGUCAGCUGAAAAGGAGGAUAAAAUUGUUAGUCAUUCGUUUAGCGCCGGUGAUAACGUGGCAGUAAGCGAGGGUGAAUUGAUCAACUUGCAAGGCAAAAUUAUAAGUAUCGAUGGGGCAAUGAUAACGGUUAUUCCUAAACACGCAGAUUUAAGGGAUCCUUUGGUAUUUCAAGCAUCUGAGCUAAAAAAAUAUUUCAAAAUGGGAGAUCACGUCAAGGUUUUAGCAGGUCGAUAUGAAGGAGACACAGGCCUGGUGGUACGCGUAGAAAACAACAGAGUCGUCUUAAUUUCCGAUCUUACCAUGCACGAAAUGGAAAUUCUGCCGAAAGACUUGCAGCUCUGCAGCGACAUGGCCAGUGGCGUAGACUCUCUUGGCAAAUUCGAAUGGGGCGAUCUGGUAAAUUUGGACGCUGAAACCGUUGGAGUUAUCGUUCGAUUGGAGAGGGAAAACUUUCAUGUGUUGAAUAUGCAUGGGAAAGUAGUAGAAUGUCGGCCGGGUUCGUUGCAAAAACGAAGAAUAAAUCGAUUUACUGCAGCGUUAGAUUCGUAUCGCAACAGUUUACAUAGGCGUGACAUGGUGAAGGUAAUCGAUGGUCCUCAUUCUGGAUUCUCUGGAGAAAUCAAACAUCUAUAUCGUAAUUUCGCAUUUCUUUACUCUGUUGAGUUUCUCCAAAACGGGGGUAUUUUCGUGUGCAAGACUAAACAUCUGCAAUUAGCCGGAGGUAACAAAGUUAUCGCCAGUGCGGAUAUGACGACCGGAAUGGAAUUUAUGAGUCCCAGAAGGAGUUCUCCGAUGCAUCCGUCCAGUGGUGGAGGCGGCGGAGGUGGUGGAGGUGGAGGUGGAGGUUUUGGAGGUCCACGUGGUCCAGGAGGAAGAGGCAAAGUUGUUCGCGACAGAGAUAUCAUAGGAAGUACCAUUAAAAUUACAAGGGGUCCGUACAAAGGAAAUAUCGGUAUUGUCAAGGACGCUACACAGAGCACGGCUAGAAUUGAACUACAUGCAUCAUGUCAAACUAUAUCCGUCGAUCGGAACAAUAUAGCCGAUGUGGGAACACCCGCGAAAGACGGUUCUAUAUCGAGUUACGGUCGUACCCCGGCUUACGCAGGCUCACAAACGCCGCUAUAUAGGGACACGGGCAACAAAACGCCUAUGUGCGAUUCUGGUUCGCGUACUCCAUUACAUUAUGGUUCGAUGACUCCUAUCCAUGACGGUUCCCGAACACCGAACGCUAGCUCUGAAUGGGAUCCUACUAUUUCCAAUACGUAUCCAUCGCCUGCUUAUAACCCCGGCACUCCCGGUAUGAAUGCGUUCACUCCACAAACACCUGGAGGUAUGAUCUAUGAUUCUUAUAGUCCGUAUCCUGCUGCAAGUCCAGGAUACCAGAGCGCAAUUUCUACACCAUCUCCAGCUACAGGUUAUGGACAAUCCCCAACUCUUAACAAUCCUUACAACACCCCGAGCUCGGGCUACAGUCCAAAUAAUCCGUACAAUCCGCAGACUCCCGGAGCAGGGCUAGACGUUUUACCAAUGACAGAUUGGCAUACUAUUGAUAUUGAGGUUAGGAUAAGGGAUAGCCACGACGAUGUCGGCCUGGUAGGACAAACUGGAAUAAUAAGAAGCAUUUCUGGAGCUAUGUGUUCCGUAUUUCUUCCGGAAGAAGAUAGAGUUGUAAAUAUUUUAGCAGAUCAUUUGGAUCCAGUUCGUCCUCAAAGGGGAGAUCAUUUUAAGGUUAUUAUUGGUGAGGAGCGAGAACAAAUCGGUGAGCUGCUAUCGAUUGAUGCGCACGAGGGAGUAGUUAAAAUAAAGAACGAUAUAACUAUGUUACCUCUGCAGAAUCUAUGUAAAAUUCGUAAAACUGACUAAAAUAUAUUAUGUACUAUAUUUACUUGAAAUAAACGCACGUUUAGGCGUUUCAGCAAACUUUUGGCUAAGUAAUAGUCUGUUAGCUUCUUGUUUUGAUUGAAGAAUUUUUAAAUGGUGCCCUGUAUAUUUUUCACAUAUAAUGUGAUUCCGAUAUUUUUUCUUCCUCCAAUAAAAAUUGUACAAGCAUUU